AUGACUGUGUUCCGCCCCGCAGCCCACGUCCUCAUCACAGGCGGCGCCUCAGGCAUCGGGUACGCCGUGGCGCAGCUCUGCCUCAAGCACUCGAUGCGCGUCACCAUCACCGACAUCAGCACGGCGGCGCUGGAGAAGGCGCAAACGUCGCUCCAAGGCAGCGUGACAUGCAUCCAAGCCGACGUGUCGUCGCGGGGCGACUGGCAGCGCGUGAAAGCACAGGUGCCCGACGUGCAUUUCCUGAUGCUGAAUGCGGGCGUGGGCGGCAAAGGGACGUGGGGCGACGACGACUAUUUCGACGGUAUCCUGCGCGCCAAUCUCGGCGGCGUCGUACACGGGCUGAAUGCAUAUGUGCCGCUGAUGAAGAGCGAGACACAAGCCCCAGACAAGGCCAAGGAGAAUAAUUCCAGGGCCAUUGUCAUCACCGGAAGUAAGCAGGGCAUUACGAAUCCCCCCGGAAACCCCGCGUACAAUGCCAGCAAGGCGGCGGUCAAGACGCUGGCCGAGCAUCUGAGCUACGAUCUCAAGGACACGAAUGUGGGCGUGCAUUUGCUUGUGCCUGGGUGGACGUUUACUAGACUGGCGGGCAAUGUGUCUGGGUCCGAGACGGAGAAGCCAGAGGGCGCGUGGUGGCCGGCGCAGGUGGCAGACUACAUGUAUGCCAAGAUGCAGGCGGGCAAGUUCUACAUCAUCUGCCCGGAUGGCCAGGUGACCGAGGAGACGGACAAGAAGCGCAUGCUGUGGAGCGUGGGCGACAUCGUCAACGAGCGGCCUCCGCUGACCAGGUGGCGUCCAGAGUACAAAGAAGAAGCGGAAAAGACCAUGGCAGAACAGAAGCUAUAG